CCCACAUUUAACAUUUUCACACUCCACCGAUCACAGUUUUUCUCUCGUUUUCGCCGUUGUUGUCUUCCACCCCUCAUGAGAGGAGUAGAAGUUCCAAAUCAACACCACCAUAAAUCAGAGACUACUGAAUCAAAAUCGAAUUGUUCCACCAGUUGCAGAAGCUGUAAUCAAGUUGAUGGAGUCUCCGACUUACUACCCACCACCGCCACCGCUACACCACUCCGACUCAUCUCGCCCCACCUUAGGCUUUCCUCUCGGCACCGCCUUACUACUCAUCGUGAUUUUCAGCCUCAGCGGUAUCUUCUCUUGCUGUUAUCACUGGGACAAGCUCCGUCACCUCCGCGGCUCCUUCACCGACGCCGCCGCCGACGAUAACGACGAUCACGUUCACUCGCCAUCCAAACCUAAACCUACCUACUCCGAAAAGCUGCAAAAUGAGAAUCAGAGUUUGCCGGUGGUGAUGCCCGGAGAUCGGAUUGCUCGAUUCAUCGCAUUGCCGUGUCCGUGUGAACCGGAGAGAGAAGAGAAGAUUGUUGUAGAAGAAGUUCAGAAGAUUCCGAAGCCACCUCACGUAGUGAUCACUCUGUCAAACUAAUUUCCUCUGUAUAUACAUAUUUUUAUACGUUAC